AUGGCAAACGGCGAUGAAAAGAGUGAGUUUUAUGAUGCUCUAUCAGAUUGUAUCAAGUCUAUACCAAAGCACAAUGUAAAAUUGGUAUUAGCUGAUAUGAAUGCCAGAAUUGGAAGAGAUAUGUCAUCUAGAACAAUUGGAUCAUCGUUGUACCAUGAUAAAACGAAUGACAAUGGAGAGAGGUUGAUUGAAUUAUGUGAAAUGUGUGACAUGCGAGAAAUACAAUCAAGGUUUAGACAUCGUCAAGGUCGACUGUGGAUGUGGAGACAUACAUCUGGUCAAACCGCACAGUUAGAUCAUAUCCUUGUCACCUCAAAAUGGCGUAAUUCGAUUCGUAAUUGUAGGGCAUACAACACAAUGAACGUUGACUCAGAUCAUCGAGUUGUGUGCUGUAAAUUCAAAUUACGAUUAAGAGCUAUAAAGAAAUGUAGUGUCACAAACAUCCGUUACAACUAUGCAAGUCUAAAGUAUGAUAUGGUAAAAGAGAGAUUCAACAUGGUGCUAGCGAAUAGAUUUGAAGCUCUUCAAAAUGUCAGAGCAAAUGAUCAACCAAAUUUGGAUAAAGGUGAGAAGGUCAGGAUCCAGAACUGUUAUGAUACGCUAAUUGAAAGUAUAGAUGCUACAGCAACUGAGGUGCUGGGACGCAAGAAAAAGAUCAGUAAGAAAACCUGGCUUAAAGAAAGAACAAUCAUGCUGAUGAAAGAACGGGAUAAUGCAAAAUUGUUCUAUGAACGUACUAGAACAGUAGAUAACCGCUCUAAAUGGAAAGAACUCUCCUCAAAAGUUGAACAAGAAUGCAAGAAGGAUGAAACGGAGUAUCUCAAAGAGAAAAUAUCUGAUUUGAAUACAGCGAUCAAACGACAUAAGAUCACAGAUGUGUGGAAAAUAGUUAACGAUUUUAAAUGGCAAGAACGUAAAGAAGGUAAUGAAGGUAAAGGACAAGAAUGGAAAACCAGUUACAAACAUAGAGAGUCUAUUGAAUAA